AUGCCCGUUGGAACAACUCUUUUAGACCCCUGUCAAGCAUUGCAUGUGAAGCAACAUCCUUGCAAUAAUGCUGUAUUUAUGGCUAGAAAUGGGCCAAAACAUUACGGUCAUGGUCCUCAAACAUCAUUCGUACCAAAGCGAGACACUAAAUCAUUUCAUAUUCGCUUCGAACAAGCGCUAAAACGUUUAAAUAAUUUAACUAUUAAUGAACAGAAUUUGUCAUUCAAAUCAUCCUGUGAUAUUUAUUCGUCAAAUAAUUCAAUACAAAAUCGAAAAGACGAUGGAAUGUUGACCCGAUCCAUUAAUCUAAACAAUUGUGAUGGAAUAUUGUUACCACCUGUAGUUUUAAAAAGAGUAAAAAAGAAAAUUUAUCGGACCUCAAUGUUUCAUAAUCUUUCAAAAUUAUCUCAAAAUAUCGAUUCUGAUGUAGUACCACCGCAGAAUGAUAAGGAAGAUACAAUAUUUCCAGUAUCAGAAAAUGACGAUCAAGUGACAAGAACAGAUGGACUAUGCCCACCACCAUCACCUUCUGCAGAACUUGAACAAUACUUCGUUCAAUUGAGUCAAAAAGAAGUAGAGUAUAAACCAAAUUAUGAUGGCCAAGUCCCAUAUCGUUUACCAGCAUUAAGCAAUGAACACUUGUUUGACCGUUCUGUUAAACAUCGAUGCAGUGGUCACACGAAACAUAAUAAUUCUACGUCAUCGAAUUCAAAUUCAGAACUAUCAAAUUAUCUUUACUCGUUGUAUAAGUGA